GCGCGUCUGGAAAGGACCCGGCGCGCCCAGAGCAAAGAUGGACAACUAGUAGCAGAAAACGGAAGAAAAAGAAAAGCAAAAGGAGUUCCAGAAAGAAAUCUAGGGCAAGCCGCACGCACGCCACCCAAAUUCCCGUAGCCCUACGCCACCAUCCGCCGCCACCGCCACCGCCGGCGGCGAGUCUCGGCGGCGGCAGAAGCGGCCGAGGAGCACCCCUUCGCCCCCCGAAUCAGGCCCCGAGGGGAAGAAUAAGAGGGGGAGAAGGGGGCAAGUCAGCCCUCCCCGUUCGAUCGGAGGCAGCAUCUCUCCCCCGGAAGGUCGCCGGUGGAGCAACCGCUGAUGCGGCGGCCAUGGCGUCGGCGGUGCUCUCGUACAUUCAAAGCCUGUGGCCGCUCUCGGCUCUCCUGAAGGAGGACGACCUGGGCGCCUCCGCGCGGCUGGUGCGGACCCUCUCCGUGCCCGAGGAGACGAAGCAGUUCGUGUUCGCGAUCCGGGAGCCCGAGACGCAGGGCUUGCUCUACAUCCUCGCGGCGCAGAACCUCUCCGAGCAGUCCGCUUUGGACGCCGGACAUCUGAUCAGGGCGGUGCGGCCCCGGGCCGUGAUCACCCAGGUCGCGCACACAGAGGUCGAGGACGUUUUGAUCGAGGAGCAGUGCCUGGCUGAAGGCGGAGCGGGCGGCGUGCCGGCGUCGCCACUACAGGUGAUUAAGCGUUGCAUCACCGAGAAGAAGAGCAAAGAUCACUAUGUGAAAUCCGCCGCUUGCCAGGUCCUCCGGGAGAUUUUUGGGGUUGGAUUCUAUGGCCACCUAUUGGCUGCCAAGAGAGCUGCGGAGGAGACAGAGUCGCAUUUUCUCUUGCUCGGCUCUCCGUAUGAGAAGAAUUGCAAUGCGGGUGGAUCGAGCAACGGAAAUAGUACGGACGAUAAUCCGGCUCCGCAAUUGCAGACUAGCUGCACUCUUCCUCAGAGUGCCAUGGAUGAUAAAUCUGGUCUCCAGUUACAGAGUAACUGCUUGCUCCCUAAGAGUGCCACUUCUGCAGUAAGCUCCCAUGUCAGGAAGAUAUGCCUUGUGGAUGAUUAUGGAGGGCAGCUCAUGAAGUCGCUAGCUCCAACUGCUAACUUGUUGUUGUCCCAAGCUAUCUCUUCCUAUGCUGUUGCGGAGUGCAGACUGUCAGAAUGUAAGCCGGCCGACAGAUACGAGCCUCCACUUUUUGCGCAGACCGUCUACCCUCUGCUCUCUGACCUUUAUGAGAUAUUUGUUCAAAUUCCGUCAAUUGGGAAGGCUAUGGCUUCUGCACAGAUGUUGCUCACUCAAGUUCACAAGGGGAAGCCAGUUUGCAGUGAAAUGUUAUCUGAUGUCUAUGUAUUUGGAAUUGCAAUAGAGGCUCUCAGAAUAUGUUUAAACAAUGCAGGAAGACGCCGCAUUAAUACUAGGGAUAAUCAUAGUUUGGAGAAAUUGGAUUUUGCAGAGCUCCCUUCUGAGGAGAAGUGCCACAUUCUUCUUGUUCAAGCUCUCAGAAGUCAACUAAGGGAGUUCGGUUCUGUGGUGGCUGUAGUUGAUGCCAGCUGCUUAGCUGGAAUAAGGAGACACUGGAACACUCCUGUUCCUUCGGAGAUCACACAAUUAGCUGGCAGUUGCUUCAAUCAUUAUGGCAACAAAAAUGAGAGCGAAAAUGAGAGUGAUAACAAUGAGGUGCCAUCGGACAGCACUGAUAAAAAGAGCUGGAUAGCUGAGAAACCUGUGGUCGCAGUUGGUGCGGGAGGAACAGCAAUUCUUGGUUUUUCAUCUUUGUCGAAAACCAUCCAGGCAUCUGCCAUUCUUAAGUUGGCUCCUUAUAAAACUCCAGUGAUCUUAAAGUAUGGCUUAAUGCAGCUGCAAAGGCAUGCCGGCGUUGUAUUAAGCAAGCUCCUCUCUCAUGGGGUUGUUAGUGCUGGUUCGAAGUCAUCUGUUUUACAGUUCACAGCUUCAGCAGAGAAGAUUCGGGCGGUGACACACACCGUAAUAUCAUCUGUAGAGAGAACUAGCUUGUUGGCGAUGCGGACAUCGUUCUACGAAAUAAUGCAAAAGAGGCAGAAGCACAACCGACCUUUCCGGAUAGCUCCUUGGGCAACAUUUAGUUUUAGCUUGGUUGCAUGUGCUGGCCUCCUGAAGCAUGGAGAUGGGAUUGAGUGUGCUGCUGAGGCCGCACCUUCUGUUCCCAUGAUUGCCUCCCUGGGCCGUGGUCUUGAGAGCUUGCGUGUCACUUCAGAGGAAACGAGGCAAACAAGGAGCCAAAAUGUGAAGGAAGCUUUGCUAACAUUGUUGCGCAGCUUAAAGAAAUCAGAAAAGUAAAGCCACAAUAAUGUACAACUGAAACUGUAUAGAUUUCAUCAUGCAAUUUUGUCAUUAGAGCGAAGCUUUCAUACCAUCUGUACAGUACAUUCUUGUUCUUACUUCUUACUGAUAUAAUGAAAUUCUCAUGGUAUGCUAUUGUGUGCA